AUGCCAGCAGCUGUACAUGUAACUGUUAGUGAGAAAGAUGUGAUCAAAGCUAUUUUGGAGUUUUUGGAAACAAGAAAUUUGCAUAUAACGCAGCUUUCAUUAGAACGAGAAACGGGUAUAAUCAACGGGAAUUUCUCGGAUGAUUUAUUAUUUCUACGACAGUUAAUCUUAGAUGGUCAAUGGGAUAAUGCAUUAGAUUUUGUCGAGCCACUCCAAGACUUGCCAAAUUUUGACCUACGAUUAUUUCGAUAUUACAUAACCAAAUAUAAAUAUUUUGAAUUAUUAUGCAUUAAGCAAGAACCGGGACCAAUGCAUGAUAAUGAUUUUACUGUUGAGGAAUUAGUAGAAUGCUUAAAAGAUUUGGAACAUAUCUGUCCAACGCCAGAAGAUUUUCGCGGUUUGUGUGCAUUACUUACUUUACCUAAGCUGUCCGAUCAUGUGGAUUUCAAGCAUUGGAAUCCAAGCAGCGCUCGAGUUGAGUGCUUCCGAAAGGUUGAACCAAUGCUUACACCCUUACUACCUUCAACUGUUAAAAGUACUGACCAGAUGCCAACUGUAUACUCUUUAAACGAUCGUUUGGUGCAGUUAAUUGUAAAAGGUGCCAUGUAUGAAGGAUGUGUAGAUUAUUGUCAAGCACAAGCUAUAAAUGAUCAGAAAGGUAUUGAGAAAGGCGCAGUGCCUACAGCACUUUUAUCACUAAAAUCUCGAUUAACAAAUACGGAUUUAUCACUGAUAUCCUGGCUUGCAGCAAUCAGCCGUGAACAAUUCACAAUGCCAUUUGAGCAAAAAUCAUUAGAUUUGAAAUUCGAUAAAGUGAAGCAAGUUUUUUUAAAGCCUAAACUGGAAGCUCAGUGGACGGAACACAUUCUAGCGGCACCAAUUAAACCUGGUGGCACAUUUCCACAUGCUUUGGUACCCAAUGCUAAAUUAAAAAGUACCGAAAAAAUGUCUCGGUCUAUGAUAUUGCCAUCAAUGGCUUCAUCUAUAGCUGUUGGUGCAUUAGCUGGAGCGAGAAAUCCUUUGCAUCCUAUGUCAUACUCAACAAUGCCAUCAGUUGGAUUUUCAAUUCAAAGUGCUACAGAAGAGCAUCCGCAAGAGAUUAUGGCUCAAAGUCAGAUGAUCGAUGCUAUGUUUGAAACAUCUGAACAUACUAGAAGUACUCGACCUAUGAAAUCACCAUCUGAUCAAAUUUUGCCCUAUCCAAAUCCAGCUACUAUGCAAGCAUCGACUUCAGCACUUAAUGCUACGCAAGUUAAUCAAGCAGUAAUGAUGGCACAAUCUAUGGGAAUGUUUGGUCAACAAAUACCACCAAUGACAAUGCAAGUGCCGAUCUCCGUAGAUAAUACACUAAGACGUCAAUUAGACGAUAUUGCUCGACGUGGACUACGUUUUGGAUCCUUGCCACCUGUACCAGAAAUUCCCACGCCUGGAGAAUAUUCAGCUCGAAAUGAAAACUCUUUAGAUAUGAUCAAGGAAAUAACAUCUCAAACUUCUUCACCUGUUCCACAAUCUCAAUCAAGUCUAUCUCAACCAGUAUUUAAUCCAAUGACAUCAUCACGACUGUUCCAAGAAUUCUCGAAUCGGCAACAGCGACAUCAAGAAAAACAGCAAAGUAGUAGCACGUGUUCACAAGAGCAAAUUAUUCACUCAAGUAAUCAAAUAGUACGCUUGAAUUCUGCGAACAUCUCAAAGUCAUCUCCCAGAGUAUCACCCUCUCCUACUGGCAACUAUAUUCAACAGAGGAGCAAUACUUUGCCCUACUUGCCAGAUGCAGUGCCAAAAGCAGCACCUUUGGUGAUGACAAUAUCAGAUACUCAUACCAUAUCUAACAGGCCUAACCGAUCUCAAGUCCAGAAAAGUGUCAGUACGGUAGGUACUCCGAUUGUUACCACAGUACCACAAGCACCUUGCUCAACAAGUGGACUUAGUGUACAAUUUGUUCCUGUUUCCCGAUAUGAGGAUGCACAAGCAAUAAGAGCAGUGGCAUUUCAUCCAAGUGGUCGCUUUUUUGCAUUAGGAACCAAUUCAAAACAGAUGCUUGUAUGUAAAUAUCCUGACCUUAGAAAGUUUAAAGCUGAAUCAUCUCUUAGUCAUGUUAAUAUUAUGUUAUCGAGACCUAAGCAACAUCGAGGUAGCGUGUAUUGUUUGGGCUUUAAUUCUACAGGUGAAUUACUUGCAACUGGUUCCAAUGAUAAAACAUUACGGUUGAUGGCAUUCAAUACAGAACACUGCAAAAUUGGAGCAGAAACAGAAUUAAAUAUUCAUGACGGUACUGUUCGAGAUUUGAUAUUCAUGGAAGAAACGGUAAACCGAAGUACGAUUUUGGUUUCUGGUGGUGCUGGCAAUUGUCGUAUUUACUUAACCGACUGUGUUACUGGUCAAGCAUUUAAUUCUUAUCAAGGACAUACAGCUCCUAUUCUUGGGUUGUAUACAUGGUGUAGUGGAUAUUUUGUAAGUUGUUCACAAGACAAAACAACGCGCUUCUGGGAUUUGAGAAGUUCAGAAGCCGUAAAUGUUGUUUCACCAGAUUCUAAAACGUCUAAUGCACCUGUAACAUCAGUCUGCGUAGAUCCAAGUGGAAAGUUAUUGGUGUCAGGACAUGAAGAUGCUUCAGUAAUGCUGUAUGAUAUUAUUGGUGGCAAAAUUGUGCAAAUUUUCCGACCUCAUGGCGAUGAAGUCCGAACUAUAAGAUUUAGCAACGCUGCAUACUAUCUUCUGAGUGGUUCAUAUGACAAAAGGGUAGUUAUCACUGAUAUGAGAGGUGACUUGAUGACACCACUGAUGUAUCUUCCCGUAGCUGAACACAAUGAUAAAGUUAUUCAAUGCAGAUGGCAUCCCCAUGACUUUUCAUUUUUGAGUACUAGCGCUGAUCGUACGGCUGUCUUAUGGUCACUUCCGCCUCCUCCUCAAUAUCAAGGAUAG